GUUGGACAAGAGGUGGCGAGGCCAGUAUUUGAUAGGUAUUUUAGGCAGGCAAUGUGACCUGCAUGAACGUCUCAUUGAGCUCGCUUCGAGCUGUACGUUGAAAAAUACAUGAUAGAAUACCCACUCACAACUCCAGGUUGCUUGCUUCCUUCUAUUUAUCAGCCUAUUCCGCUAUGCUCAACCUUGACUUGUUGUAGGACAGGCUCCAAAUUGGAGGUACCCGCUUUGCAGCUUGAAGAUAGAUUCCCAUGUGAAGAGGAGCUCAAGGUACUCGAGAGAUAGGACUCCAAGACAUUUUGAUUGAAGACCUGUUUACCAGAGAGCCUGGCGUUCAUGCCCUGGUCGUGAUGGGAUAUACCAUGUUUUCAACAGGAGGUCGAGUAGACCUUCAGGAAGAGAUAAUUAACAUGGAGUGUGCUCUACAACUUUUAGAAGAGAACAUUCUUCUCUCCUUUAGUAUCUGUGGUGGACAACUCUUGGUUCAAUUCGAUGGCUACGUGCUAGCCUUGCUGUUGGACCCAGUGUGCUUCUAAGUCGCGGCCCGAAGGUCACGAAGGCUAAAUCAGCUCGAUGUCCCUCAAUGAUGUUCCAAAGGUAGUUAGGUAGUUAGCAGUGUAGUCUAACCUUCCUAACAAGCGCAGAGACUGUGUGUUUUGUAAUUACAAGUUGACUCGAUAGAAGGAUUCAUUGGACGGAAAGGAAGCGAUUUGGCUGGGAUAAAUUUAGACUUCGACUUCGGCUGAUUCGCGCCAAGCCAACCAACAAAGACAACACCUCUCUUGUGAUACCUCAACUGGCUCUCAAUAGCUUCAUUGGUCAACGAAUACCCCCCGAUCUCUCUUUCUUCUGUGCCAUGGGUAACAAAGGACCUUGAAAGACUGCACAUGUUGCCACGGAUCUAUUUGCUCUGACAGCUCGAACGGGAGCUGAAACUCUUAUCGGUGAUCAUGGCUGGGCACCACCACGAAGACACAGCAGACCUCAUUCCGCUCGAAACUGGUCGCAGGUCUGAAGACUCCAUCUCCUCUGCAUCGACGACAAGUCUGGUAUUCGAGCGCAUUGGCCAAAGAGUGAAGGCAGACGACGAGAAGGCACUGAAUGGGAAAAGUAUGGUGACCCCCAAAUUCCCUCCUCCGAGGAGCGAGUCGAGAGGCUACGCAGACAAUGAGCAUGGGACAAGCUCCCACGAUGACGAAGAGAAGGACGAUUAUGAUCUCGAAACUGGGCCUUUUUUGAAAAACGCGACUGGGAAGACGGUGGAUAGAAAGUUUAGACGCUUACUGUGGAUUGUUGGAGGAGUGUUCAUUGGCGCAUGGCUGCUGGCCUUGGUUAUGUUUCUGGGAAAACAAUCCUAUCGACAUGUCUCCUCGAAGCCUCACGAUCCGACUGCAACUGCGACUACAGGUACAGGGAAGAAGGUCACAUUGGACCAGGUCAUGGGCGGGUCAUGGCGAGCCACAAAACAUGGGAUAAGCUGGAUUGAGGGCGCGAAUGGAGAGGAUGGACUGCUCCUGGAACAAAAUGCUGCUGGAAAGGAGUACCUGGUGGUCGAGGAUGUCAGAGGCACCAGUGCAGAGGCAGGCGCGCAAGGAACAAAGACAUUGAUGAAGAGUGGCCGAUUCAAUGUCGGGGAUCGGUCACUUUUCCCCAGCAGAGUGUUUCCCAGCAAGGACUUGAAAAAAGUCCUCAUUGCGACCGACUACCAGUCUAACUGGAGACACUCUUUCUACGCAAAAUACUGGAUAUUCGAUGUUGAGACUCAAUCUGCGGAAGCUUUGGACCCCGAGAAUCUCGAUGGCCGGGUACAAUUGGCUAGCUGGAGUCCUCAGAGUGAUGCUGUGGUAUUCACAAGAGAUAACAAUCUCUUUCUUCGAAAACUAUCCGAUAAAAAGGUUGCUCAAUUAACGACGGACGGCGGCCCAAAUCUGUUCUACGGCAUUCCUGACUGGGUUUAUGAGGAAGAGGUCUUCCAAGGGAACAGUGCAACAUGGUGGGCUGAAGAUGGAAAGUACGUCGCAUUCCUACGAACCAACGAAUCCGAAGUCCCAGAAUAUCCAAUUCAAUACUUUGUUUCCCGACCUAGUGGAGUUCAACCAGUUCCAGGCGAGGAGAACUAUCCAGAAGUCAGGGAGAUCAAAUAUCCGAAAGCUGGUGCCCCAAAUCCAACUGUUGACCUUCAAUUCUACGAUGUUGCCAAGGGCGAUGUCUUCGAAGUCAAAGUCGCCGGAUCCUUUGCGCCAGAUGACUUGCUCAUCACUGAAGUGGUCUGGGCUGGAUCAACUGGGAAAGCACUGAUUCGAGAAACAAACCGAGAGAGUGAUGUUCUUCGUGUGGUCCUUGUCGAUGUUGCUACUCGAGCCGGGUCAACUGUACGGACUGAAGAUGUUCAGAAGCUUGAUGGCGGAUGGUUUGAGGUAUCCCAGAAAACCAAGUAUGUUCCAGCGGAUCCAGCGAAUGGCCGCCCCUUGGAUGGCUACAUUGACACCGUGAUUCACGAGAAUUACGAUCAUAUUGGAUACUUUACACCUCUGGAUAAUCCAACUCCAGUUCUACUCACAUCGGGCAGCUGGGAGGUAGUUGAUGCUCCUUCAGCUGUUGACCUGAAGAAGAACUUGGUCUAUUUUGUUGCGACAAAGGAGUCGCCUAUCCAGCGCCACGUUUACAGUGUAUUUCUCAAUGGUACAGAUCUCAAGCCUCUAACAGAUACGUCGAAAGAAGGGCAUUACGGCGUCUCAUUCUCCAGCGGUGCAGCUUAUGCUCUACUGGAUUAUGACGGUCCCAACAUACCCUGGCAAGAAGUUAUCAGCACGCCAAGUAAUUCCGAUCAUUACACGCAAGUGAUUGAGGAGAACCUAGGGCUCGCUGACAUGGCCAAGAAAUACGAACUGCCUCACAAGAUCUUUUCAACCGUGAAUAUUGAUGGCUUUGAGCUUCAAGUUGUCGAGAGAAGGCCACCCCAUUUCAACGAGAAGAAGAAAUACCCGGUACUAUUCUAUCUCUACGGCGGGCCUGGAUCUCAGACAGUGACCAAAACUUUCAGUGUUGACUUUCAAGCGUAUGUGGCGGCUAAUCUGGGUUAUAUUGUCGUCACUGUGGACGGCCGAGGCACCGGAUUUAUUGGACGAAAGGCUCGCACCAUCAUCCGUGGCAAUCUUGGAUACUACGAAGCUCGCGAUCAGAUUGAAACGGCCAAAAUCUGGGCGAAGAAAAAGUAUGUCGAUGCAUCGCGAAUGGCUAUCUGGGGCUGGUCAUAUGGGGGUUUCAUGACUCUGAAGACUCUCGAGCAGGAUGCUGGACAGACAUUCUCGUAUGGAAUGGCCGUUGCACCUGUCACGGAUUGGAGAUUUUACGACUCUAUUUACACCGAACGAUAUAUGCAUACACCUCAACACAAUCCCGGUGGAUAUGACAAUUCGACCAUUAGUAACAUGACUGCUCUGCACCAGAAUGUGAGGUUCUUGAUCAUGCACGGUAUUGCAGACGACAAUGUGCACAUGCAAAAUACCCUCACCUUGUUGGACCGCCUGGAUCUGUCUGGGGUUGAGAAUUAUGAUGUGCAUGUAUUCCCUGAUAGCGACCACGGGAUCUACUUCCACAACGCCAACCGAAUCGUAUAUGAUAAACUUAAUAAUUGGCUCAUAAAUGCAUUCAACGGUGAAUGGUUGAGAACAAGCGACGCUGUACCACUACAACUCGAGGCAACAGCCGAGAAGGAUAGAUAAAUUUGAAGUAUGUCACAAUAGGGAGUUAGGAGUAUGGGUAGCAGGGUCUUAAUAUCCAAUGUAUUAAUUUCAGAUCGAACUCCCGACGCACUAGGUGCUCUAAAAAUGGAUGGCAAACAAACAUUGGAAGUCGAUCAGGUUAGUUGACGCUUGCACAGGUUGCAAGACCAGAUAUUCGCUUUUCCUCCUCUUGAGAUUUCGAAGCACUGCCGCCAGGCCAGCGCGAUCGAAAUCCAUGACGCCUCUAAUGAAAUGAUGUGCCACUAUCCUUGUCUUACGAGUUUCGAAGGGCUGUCCCCAAGACUAUACGUUGAAACUCAUUGCCGACAAAUGGAUUGACAUCUACUGGUUCUCUCCCCACGCUCGUCCCUGGCAGUUAAGCGACUACGCAUGGCGCAGGUUCUACUAGAUCCCAGCGGUCGUAAAUACCGACUGUGGUCAACCGCGCAGACAUCUUACAUUCCUGUGUCAGAAUUGUCAUGGGCACCUGCGCCUCAAGCUCGAUCAGUGUUCCGUCAUAUGGCGCUACGGCCAAUUUAAGAUUUUCUGAGAGCUCUGAGAUGCUCCUUCCCUUUCCGUUUCCCUGGCUGAUUGUGGUGGACGUGUUUCUGUUUGAGUUAGCACUGACGAAGCCACUCGAUGCUUGGCGACUUGCUGUAGGAGUCAUUUUGUACGUUGUCAGAAGUUUUGACUGGCUGUCCUCAGUUGUGAAGAAUCUACUUCUUCUUGGUGUGGAAGGCAUGCACUCAUCUGGCACAUAGUGUGGUUGGACUCGCGAGGUGUAUUUGGACUUGAGUACGGUAUUCAAAGUCGCGAUAUCUCUGUAGUUGGGAGCAGCGGGUUGGUUGCGACUGUCGAGCCCCACGGUCAUUGUGCGACGAGCCUGGUGGGCAGCAUAGGACAUCAGCGGGUUUUCUGGAGUGCUUUUUGUUUUUGGAGCUGCGCCAAGGUAUGCGGUGUAGGUUUUGUUCGCAGGGCUAUCACCACGGUGCGACAGCUCGUCGCCUGUCACGCUGAAACGGUUGAACGUUGUUGAGAUUCGGGUGAGACUUUUCUUCCCCUGUGGUGCUGGAGGCGUCAGAGAGGAGGGCAGCCCACCUUGGCUCAGUGUGCCUUCCUUCAUUGAUGCCCCUAUUGAUACCUCCAGGAAGAGCUCCUCUUGUGUUGUUGGUGAUCUCGGGCUCCACUCAGCCUGUAGUCGCUGCCACGCCUCGUCCACUUCCCUUCUCGGCUCCGCCACCUGCGAGGGGAGUGUCAUAUAGGCGGGGACUACAUAAUUUGGCAGAACCUUUCGCCCAAAGUUUGGCGGCGACACAGCUGGGAUGUGAAAUACCUUGGUACCAUCGAAGGCUGCUCUCAUUAUAUUCAAAGUCUCCCAGGACUGUAGUCGAUGAAUCGUGAGCUCGAUCUCUGGUGCGUCUAUCGCCGUAUCUUGCGAUACAGAGGUGACAGGAGGCACAGGGUGAGGUCUGAGUGGGUGUCUGGAUUCUUCGCUCAACUGGAGGGGAUUUCUUACAGUGUUCUGUGGCAUGCUGGUCUUCAGGGCAGAAGGAGCACUCACCUUCGGCUGCGGUAUCGACACUAUUUUAUGAGGAGGAGCGUAUCUCGUCACGUACGCAGUGGUAGCGACUGCGAGACUACCGUGCACGCUGGAUGUUGACAUUACAGGUUCACUCGAAGUCUCCCAGUUGGGAAUUCUCACUGCCUUUAUUGGGUACGGCUGACUAGGAAGCGGCUUUCCCACACCGACCUUCCAACCUCUCUCCUCUCUCACAAUUGGACUCGAGUUCUCUGGGAUCGGCGGGAGUGGCUUGUUCAGAAGUACCCUUCUACGUGACUUUCUGGUGAACUUUUGCUUGAUAUUCGGAGAUGCCGCGAGGCGAGAUGGCGAAAUCAUUGUUUGUUCCCGUGCUAUGCGAGUUGCCCGGUGGAAAUCAACACUUGGUCUCCUCGCAACUUGUUCAAGGUAUUCCUGUCGACAAUCGGUACACUUGCCCUUUAGAGCAUAGAGUGUUGGAUUGCAGAAAUUGGACUUGGGGCCAGGCUUAUUACAGCCUGUCUUGUCGAUUUCUCUGUGUCCACAUACAGAAUAGUUGAAGAUCUGGCACAUAUCCUAGACUUGGUAUAUCAAUCGGUAAUCUGUGUCUCCAAGUCAGAACGCUAUAUAGUGAAGGCGGGAAAACGAAAUCACAACUUAGGAAUGACACAAGGAACCAGUGAUGAACUUGGGGAUUGAGAGUGGCUGAGAUAAUUCCCGGGGUAUAUUGCGUUGAUAUACGAGGUUCGCAAAGCUGUUCAAGUUGAGACGCUCAGUCCAAGUGAAAUAGAUGAUCAGGUAGUCAUUCAGAACUGGAGUCUUACAUUCACAUAUAGACAUGCCAUUGUGUUGUUCCAUGGAGAAAGUUACCCUUUGCAGUCCUCUUGUUCUGUUCUUUGUGCUAUUUUUGGCUGCUCAUUUCUUUGUGCAUUUUCUUUCACGCCGAGAUGACAAUGCGUUUAUCACCAUCGUCAACAAUGGGCCCUUUAUUUCGAGGCCCAACAAAGAUCUGCCUAUAUAUCGAGUGUACUGUCCUGAUCACAGAAUAAUCCCUUGAUUGUACAACUCCAGUUCUCGGCUCCCUGUUCUCACUCACUACACUCACUCGACUUUCCUUCCUCUUCCACGUCCAUUCUCCAGUUUACUGGCGCCGGCGUCAAAAACUAUCACUUCACGCUCACUUGUUACUGUGAUUAGUCGCCUCGUUCUCUUCGGAAUAUUCCGUUGUUCGAAACGAAUUAUCACGAUGUUUACAUCUCCAUCU